AUGACGUUCAAAUUGACCUUCUUCGUCUUCUUCCUCGUUGGAUUCGUUCGCGCGAAGAAACUGUUUGAUUUAGGCAAAAUCGAAGUAAGUUGGCUCCCAUAGAUUCUUCGAUAUUUCAUACUUAAAGAGUUUUGACCCAAGUAUCUUCCACAUCGACUACUCCCACGUUUCACCCGAAUGCACAAAAGACUUCAAAACAUGGAUGAACUCGCUCGAGAUCUUCGCAAAAACCACUUCAGAAUGUCUUAUUUACAAAAACUGUUCGGCGCCUGUUUUGAAAACUUUAGAGGAGAAUCUGUACGCAGUUCAGCGUUAGUUUGAACUUGAUCGCAGACUUUGAAACGGAAAAAAACUUCAGAAUACGAUGCUUUCGGGAAGAUUCCUUCCCCAGGGCUUCUUGAAGCUUCAAUGGUCUUCGAUGGAAGUUAUCAAGAGUGCGAAAGGAUCAGCGGAGUCAAGUACGAAACCAACUAUUGCUACGUGCUUCUGGUCCCAGGAUUUAAUGUGAGCUCUCAUUCCAGCUUCAUUCCACACCAUAUUUUGCUCAUUUAGGCAAGUUGCUCGGGGGAUUCCAUUGGAAACGCAGGUACUGCGAUCGCGUUCCGACGAGCUGUGUGCAUGCCGAAAUCAUGUAAAAACAUGGACACACCCAAUCUGUACAACCAAAUGAGAGUCUUCCCAUUGACUGCUUGUGCCACUUUCUGCGCGCACAGAGAAGUUCCGAAGGACAGUGCUUUCUGGGGAUUCACGUAAGCGUAUUCUGCUGUUUUCAAAAGUCCAACUCCUUUUUUAGGGCUUUCAUGACUGUCGUCGUGAGUGUUUCAAUUCUCGCGACUUCUGUCGAUUUUCUCAGAGAGUCGCUGUACUCUGUGACAAGUAAAUCUGUGGAAAAGACAAGUGAGCUAUCAAAAACCGUACUCCAACAACAUUUCCAAAGUUCAGGAUCAAUUCACCGUCUCCUGUAUGCAUUCUCAUUCUGGACAAACGCCGGCGCCAUUCUCAACGUCAAUCCGCAACCGUCCACGCACAUAAAAUGCCUCGACUGCAUCCGCGGACUGUCAAUGGCGUGGGUUCUUUCCGGUCACAUGCUCAAUUACUUUGCCUUCGCAGGUUUCCAAAUCUAUUUUAUUUAUUCACAUAUUUGCUUUCAGAUACUCUUCUGCCGAUCAAAUCCUUCGCCGACUACUUUGCCGAUUACUUUUUCAUGAAUGCAGUCUUCUCCGUUGACACCUUCUUCCUGGUCUCAGGGAUCACAGUGGCCUACUCAUUUUUCAGAGUAAUCAAAAUCAAAAAAAAUCCUAAAGAAAAGUCAUUUUUCAGCUGCAACCGACUGCGAAAACAUUGAAAGCCCCUGCCACGUGGAUACUCUUCUACGUGCAUCGGUACAUCCGAUUAACCCCUCCGUACAUGAUCUUCAUUGGAUUCUAUGCGGUUUACGCUCUUUACAUUCAGGGUCCUCUAGCUGCGUCGCUGUUCAGUGAGUUAUCAGUGAACUGCUAAUGAAAGGAAUAUCAUGCAGAUUUCACAGUGUUACAAGUAGAAGCUUGUAAAUCCUCAUGGUGGAGAAACUUACUGUACAUCAACAAUUUUGACAACGGAGAGAACCCGGUAACUUGUUUUAUAAAGUAAAGUCCCUAACCGCUACAAUCUGAAUACAGUGUUACGGUCCGAGUUGGUACCUCGCCGUCGACACCCAACUCUACCUGAUUGCUCCGAUUCUUCUGGUCGCCCUGGCGUGGAGGCCUCUCUCCGGAGUGCUUCUUUCGGCAGCCGGGUGUGUGGGAAGCAUAAUAACUGUUUACAUACUGUAUCAAAAGUUUGACAUGCCUGCUGAUUCAUUCAAUUCUGAGUAAGUGCAUAUUACCAAAAGUUCAGAUUGAAAUAAUUAUUUCUGCAGUCCGUCGGGCAAAUUCAACUUCUACAUCUACCAGAAGCCGUGGAUCCGCUGUCCUCCCUAUCUUCUGGGUAUCCUUGGCGGUUACUUCUUGGCAAAGUUCCCUUCUCCGUUCAAGAUCCCGCUGGUGACACGAAUAUGCGGAAUGAUAAUGUCUAUCGCUUUUGCAUUCGCAUGCCUUACUGCUAAUAUGGGAUACGAUCAAGGCGAUCAUUGGAGGUAAAUCAGCCGAGUACGGACUAUAAUAGCAGUUGUGUGUUCAGUUCUUGGAUCAAAGCCACCUACUACAACUUCUCUCGUUUCUUCUGGGGCAUCUCGAUCCUUUGGAUAGUGCUAGCGUGUCAGCACGGCUGGGCCGGACCCAUCGGAAACUUUAUGAAUCACCCGAUCUGGCAGCCGCUGGGUCGUCUCUCCUACUCCGCCUAUAUUGUCCAUUUGAUGGUCGUCUACUACUUCUUGAACGUCGGCGCCAGACCUCUUCAUUUUGUGUCCACGUGGCAAGUGGUGAGUUUCAAACACUUCGACCUCACUCUUCAAGAUCAUUUUCAGUAUGUUAAUUACAUUCUGCCUGCGACUAUCCUCACUUACGCGUUCGCAUUCUUCUGGAGUUGUCUGUUCGAGUUGCCGAUUGUGAAGUAUUCGAAAUCUGGGGAAAAGUUUAUGAAGAAAGUUUUUGUUCAGAUUGGAAAAGUUUCUACUGGAAAUAAUUCUGAAAAAGGAGGGAGAAAAAGCGGCGAGAACAGAAGAAGUGGAGGCGUGGAAAUGA